CUGAAGGACGGAGGGCUGAAUCCAGAGCAAUAAAAUGCUGAAUUCACAGGGAGGUCAGAGGAUGUAUGGAAUAACGGCGCAGUGCAGGGAAACAGCCCUGUACCUACAGAUAUGAAGGAGGCAGAGGAAUAGAUGAGAGAGGGGUCUCAAAGAGUAGCAUGAGAGGAUAGAGAUGGUAGGUUCAUGGAGAGAUGGGUGAAAAAAUGGGUGGAUGGAGGAAGGGAGGAAGAUUAGACAGGGAGAGGGGUUGUUACAGUGAAGGGCAGAAGGCUGUAUUCUGGGCAAGCAAUUCGGAGAAUAGGAAAGGGGCCUUGGAGGCUUUGGAAAGGGGAACGAAGAGGUGGCAGAGAGGCAGGGAGGGGGAAGAGUUGGCUCUGAGCUCCCUGGGGAACAUCCCGGGCACCGCCCCGGCCCCCAGCCGCCGCCGCCAGCCCCGCGCACCCAGGAGCACGGCGGCCAGCCCCGCCAGCCCUGCGCCCCGGCACCGCCGCAUCCCGCCGCUCCGCCGCCCGCGCCUCGCUGCGCCCCGCCAGCCCCGGCUCUCUGCUCCGGCCGCGCCGCCUCCUCUCCCCCUCCUCUUCUCUCCUCGGCCCCUCCGCCGCCGCCAGCUCCGCCCCGGGGCUGCGCCCUGCGCCGGCGCCGCUCGGGGGCUCGCCCGGCCCCGCAGCGCUCAGUGGCUCUGCACGGGCAGAGGUUUCUCUCCGGGGAAAUGGGCUCUCCCCGUCCUCCUGGGGAGCAAGGGCUCCCCCGCAACAAGAACCCCGCACAGCGCCAGGCACGGCCUGGGAGAGCUGCAGGGCCCUGAGCCAGGAGAUGGACCGGCUUCCCAGAGCUGCCUCCGAGCUCAGGGGCUGGAAACACCAGCCACUGGUUUCCUGCGCAUGGCAGUGAGGAGGCUGAGGGCCUGCCUUCAGCUGCCUCUCUGCAGGCCCAGCACACUGCCUAGAAGUUGUGGUGAGGCAAAGCGGCUGUGACUUGACUUCUACCAGCACUGCUGCAUUCCUGCCCUAGAAAUUCUGGGGCCUUUCAUCCCAGCACUCACAAGAAGCCUUCAAUGGGGAAUGGGCAUGCUCUAUACCUGGCAAUGAAAAGGCAGCAGUGUUGGAAAUCACAGCACAGCCCAUAUCAUUAGCUGUGACAGUCUGCACUGAGGAUGAGCUUGUCAGGAAAUUGUUACCUCUGCAAAGGGUGCCUGUGUUCCUGCGGCAAUGAAGGGCAGGUAUAAAAGCCAGCGCAAGUCCCCGCUCUCUCAUCCACUUCUCUUGCCUCCUUCUCCUUGGGAACAGGUGCACCUCCAGCCCAGAGACAUGUCCUGCUACAGCCAGUGCCUGCCAUGCCGGCCCUGCGGCCCGACCCCGCUGGCCAACAGCUGCAAUGAGCCCUGUGUCAGGCAGUGCCAGAACUCCACUGUCGUCAUUGAGCCCCCGGCUGUGGUGGUGACCCUGCCCGGCCCCAUCCUCAGCUCCUUCCCACAGAGCACCGUGGUGGGCUCGUCCACCUCCGCUGCUGUUGGCAGCAUCCUGAGCUGUGAUGGAGUGCCCAUCUCCUCCGGGGGCUUGGACCUCUCCUGCAUUACCAGCCGCUACUGUGGCAGAAGGUGCCUCCCCUGCUAAAGAUGCUGGGAAAGCCCCAGGGAGACAGCCUGAGGAACUCAGAAUAUGGUGCUGGGCAGAGAAUUGCUCUCCUGGAUUGUGUUUUCAGCACAUCUCAGCGACCUUGCCUUUGCCUCCCUUUACUUUGUUGG